AUGGAUAUUCUUCGACCAGCGAGUACGUGGAACCCCCCGCCCUCCACCCAACAAGAUUGGCCCAUCCUCCUGUGCAUAGCUGCUGUAGGGUUUUGUGUUAGCUUUCAGUCACUGACCUUCGUUCGGCUGUUAGCUAUCAAUGAGCGGCGGUUCAUCAUCAGUGAUGGGCUAGGCAUGUCCCAUUGCAUCGUACUGGUGACCAAGUACUCCUCUACUAGUCUGCCUGGCAACAGACAGUGGCAAAACACGGAAAAUUUGAUAUCAAAUGCUCUGAAGUUUUGCAUUAAAGAGCAUCCAGGCCUCAAGAUCACCAUUGUUGAUCCUGACGGGAAACGGCCUCUGCUCGCAAUGGUCGACAACAUCGAUCUCAGCCAACAUGUAGUUCACGUGAGAAAUCAGCUCAAAGGUGAAAACGACCAGCAAAAAAUCAGGAGCUUUCUCGAAUACCUCCAUGGCGUUCGUCUUCCUCGGGCAGGCGAGCAUCCACAAUGGUGUGUGUACGUGAGCGAGAUCGAGCCAGCAGUAGGUGAAAGAUCGUCGUCUUUCUUUCUCGCUUUCAUGCACUCCCACUGCCUCUGGGAUGGCCUCGGUACCAUCACCCUCCACGACACCUUCUUGCGAGCUCUCAACGGCACGGCAGAGGGAGCGUCAACGCUAGGGCACAAAGCCAAACAACCACCACCGCCAAUAGAGACUGCUGGAAGACUGACCAUCUCUUGGUCUUUCCUGAUCCCGAUCGUAAUUCGGGAACUCCUACCAGCUUGGCUCGCCUCGGCUCUUGGAUGUCCAAAAGAGGACCUGACAGAUGUCUGGACCGGUCCCAAGACGCCUCGCCCGCCACUGACGCUGCAAGUCCCGAAGGACCCACCGACCGCUUUCGAGGUCUCCCUCAUGCCCGACGCGACAGUGCAGCGCGCUGUACAGGUCUGUCGCAUGCAUGGCGCUCGUCUCACUGCCCUGCUAAAUUUCCUCGCUGCCCGGGCUGUGUGCAGGAGCCUGGGCGCCCGCGGACAGCUCUUCCACAAGAUCAGGGCGGCCAAUGCCAUCGAUCUGCGAAAGGCCCUUGGCAAAGGACAUGGCGAACUGGCCAACUACGUGUCUUUCGUAUCCGAGGAUAUCACCGUUCCUGAAGACGUUGGGGAGGGCGACGACGACCGCCUCUCCGACGAGGUUUGGAAUGCAAUUCGUCAAAACACAAUCAACUUGGCAAAUGCCUCCAAUAGGCUCGCUGAUCAGCCUGUCGCCCUUCUCAAAUACAUCUCAGAUUUGAAGGGAUGGUUGGAGAGUCAAGCAGUGCAGCCGGCCAACGUGUCCUUCGGGCUCAGCAACCUCGGUGUUUUCGAUGGAGUGGUUCCGACCAAGAAUGACGGGGGAGAAAUGACUCAGACCUGCUGGCGCGGUGAAUCAGCCGUGGUAUCUCAAUCAGGAAACAAGACGGGGGCGCCAUUGAAUUUCCAAUUGUUGAGUACGAAGAGCGACUCCAUGGGCAUCACUGCUACGUGGUGGCCGGGCAUGUUGGGUGUAAGUGACGAGAGCAUCUUUGUCAAAGAAGUGAUGGAUCGACUGUGUACAGGUUUGGAAAGAUUCAAGUAG